AUGAAGUUCGGUAAAUCUUUACCCAGGAACCAGGUCCCAGAAUGGUCUUCAAAUUACAUCGAUUACAAGGGCCUCAAAAAACAUAUCAAAUCUGUCACUUCGGAGCAGCGCGUCGCUGGAGAAGCUGAUUUGACUCCAUUCUUUUUUGAACUUGACCGCAACCUUGAGACUAUUGACUCCUUCUUCAAUAAGCGUUUUGCCGAAUCUCAGCGACGACUGAAAUUGUUGCAAGGGCGUUAUGGCGAACACUUUGAUUGGAUAACUUCUGAGAGCGGUAGUGUCAAGAGCGAAGAUUCUGGAGAGACUGCUCCAGAUGGCUUUGGCAUGGACAGCGAUGAAAUGUCUGAGCUUCUAGGUGCUCUCCUUGAGCUGAGAAGUGGGCUUCGAAAGCUACAGUGGUAUGGAGAGGUCAACCGAAGGGGAUUUAUCAAGAUCUUGAAAAAGGUGGAUAAAAAGACGAAUGUUUGCGCACAAAAGCGGUACCUUGACUCUAAAGUAAUUCUUAAGCCGUUUGCGUCGGCCACAGAGGUCAUUGCGGCCAUGCAAACUGUCAAUACUUGGCUUUCCAAGGUUGGCGGGACUGAUGGUACUGAGUACGAUGUUGAGUCUUCUGCCCGACCUACCUUACGUCGCUUUGCAUCGGGCACCGCACCAGGAGCGCCGGAGGGAACAGCAGAUAAGGUUGACCUUUGCAUUCGUGAAGAUAAUUCGACGAGCUUAUCGGAUGCUCUCGUGGGUGAGUAUGUUACGCAGAAGCUCUUGCUCAUACUUCUACAACGUGCAAUCACCAAUAAGGCCUUGGCAUGUAUCGACUUGCUCUUGGGACGCAUCGAAACAUUACAUGAGGAUGAUGAUAUCAACGAAAGGAACAUCAUUCACCGUUUAGUAAUUUCCAUCGGGAGAAACAAAUCCCUUAUUGAUUCAUCAACAGACAUGUCCUUACUGGAUACCCCAACGCCAGGAUCAUCUCUACUUCAGACAUCGUCAAACCUUCCGCUUUUUAUUACCCCAGCAGAAUCUCCAAUCUCUUUACCUCCCUCAUCUCGGAACACCACUGAGCUUGACGGAACCCUAAAGCUUUCUGCACAUGAUAGUUCUGUAAAAUUGUUGGAACACCUGCUGAGCAAGCUUCGUCCCCAUCAACGGCCUGCUCUGGCGGUUCGGGACUCUUAUGGUCGGAUGGCACUUCAUUAUGCUGCACAAUAUGGGUUUGUGGUGAUUUGCCAAGUGGUCAUCAAGUAUAUGCGGCAGUGGGGACAAUUUGACGUUUCAGACGGAAUCGAUUCACCAAAUUGGCAGGAUUCUGACGGACUUGCGCCAUUGCAUUUGGCCGUCAUGGGAGCGCACCCAAAGACCACAAAGCUUUUGCUACAAGCUGAGAGCUGGGAUGGCGGGCUGGGUAGCGAUGACAAGAUUGUUUCGGCCAGAAAGGCUGUUUCAAAGUCAUCUGCAGCCUUGGCCUUGGCGACAAAGGCAAACGCCACAGUUAUCGUCAAACUAUUGGUUGAGGCUGGUGUUGAUAUCAAUUACCAGGAUGGUAAUGGAGAGACCGCAUUACAUCAUGCUGCAAGGUUAGGUCAUGUCGAGUGUGCUAAAGUUUUAUUGGAGGGGAACGAUACUCAGCGAGCGGACCUUGAGCUUGCCGAAAAGACUUAUGGCUGGACACCUUUGUUUGUUGCAGCUGUCGAUGGCAAAACCCAAAUUGUCGAGACCUUGCUAGAAGCCGGAAGUGAGCUGGAUAAGAUCGAUUUAUCUGGAUGGACAGCAGCAGAACACGCAAGUCUUAGAGGUCACCUUGAUAUAGCUAGGAUAUUGGUAAAGCAUGUUAGUGUCCCCGAAGUACCCCCAGGUUCUGUCACACCUUCUCCACCAUCAAGCUUGGAGAAGAUGACAUCGCUCAACGGGUUUUCCGGAAAAACUGCAGCGCCCACUGCUCAACCAGUCAAGAGCUUUGGGCAUCGAUACUUGAAAAAGGGAGAAACCAUGAUUUUGGUUACUCUAGGAAGCACGGACACUCGAAAGAACAUGUCCGCUGUAAAGCUAGAUAAAAUCCCAUUAUCUGAGGCACAUUCGACACAGCUGGAUACUGCACUUUCCCUCGUUGUCUCGGCUCAAAAUGCGACUGGCGAGCCCUCGAUCAUUGACCUACCCGUCCACACAAAUUCUGCUUCUGAAGACCCGAUUUGCUUUGAGACUAAGGACGCUAGUAAGGUCAAGCUUAUGUUUGAUCUCGUACCGACAUACUCAGGUGCCAAAGAUAGGAUCAUAGGCCGUGCUGUGGCACUCUUGAGCUCGAUCAAGCCAGGCUUGGGGAGGAGUAGAGUUGCUUUGCAAGGUGAUAUCCAAGUCCCGAUUCUUGCUGUAAACAGCCUAGAGAUCAUCGGAUGUGUCAACUUUGAGUUUCGGGUUGUUACUCCAUUCGAGCACCCGAAUAUGGAGAUCACCAAAAAGCAGACUUACUGGAAAAGCUUGGCACCCACAAGAGUUAUUGGUCAUCGAGGUCUUGGAAAGAACACGACCACCAGAAAGUCGCUUCAGCUAGGCGAGAACACUCUUCUGUCUUUUAUUGCUGCUGCCAACUUAGGGGCCGAGUAUGUUGAGUUUGGUAUGACCCGAAAAAAAUCAGUGUGA